CAACAAUACGACAUGGCUGCCUUCAAGAUCGCCCUGGUCCUCGCCCUCGCGGUGGCUUGCGCUCUCGCCGACGAGCGCCCGCGCUACACAGCCCCAGCCCCUCGCCCCUCCUACGAAGCCCCUCGUCCCUCAUACUCCGCCCCUCGUCCUGCCGAGCGCUCGGAGGAGGAAUACGACGAAGCCAAGUACGAGCUCGAGUGGAAGGUUGACGAGGACGGCAACAACUUUGGCCAGUCAGAGUCUCGUGACGGUGAUGAGACGAAGGGUUCGUACGUCGUCGACCUUCCCGACGGUCGCCGCCAGACCGUGACGUACUCCGUCGACGGUGACUCAGGGUUCGUCGCCGAAGUGUCCUACGAAGGAGAGGCUCAGUACCCCGAGGAGGAGUCCGAGGAGCAGAGGUACGAGGCCCCGCGACCAACCUACCAGGCACCUCGUUCCGCUUACGACAACUAAAAUACCAACCAACGCGGACCAGAAAUAACGAACCCCAAUCCUGAUGUAAUUUAUUCCCAUCAAUAAAGCUCAACUCAU